UACUGAUCGUGCUUUCCACCUAAUCGCUCUGGUCUGCAGCACGCUCGAAUCGAACUAGUAAACAUACCCGGACCUACGAACCCUGGCCAACAUGUCUCGACCCGCUGCUGGUCCUUCGAGGACGUCGACCGGGCUGGGAACUUCUGCUCGACAACCUAGUAACCCGAGCGGGACUGCUGGACAGCCUCCUCGUCGAAGUGCCGGACCGUUACCAGGUCUCGCACGAGCAGCUUCUGCUCUCCGUCAACACUCUCCAGCUCCUCAACAAUCCGCCCUCCUCUCCAUCCCCGCUCACCUUCGAGCUUCUACAGCUCCUCGGAUACCGUCCCCACUCGGCCGAGGCACUCCGUCGAAACCUCAACCGAAACAGUCGUUCCCCGUACGGACGUCCAAGUUGACACAGAAACACGUUCUCUUGCCCGAAGAGAUCCAAACCCGACCUCUCCAUGUGGAUCCGUCCGCCGCCCCGGCCGCUCCUCCUCCUGGACGGGUCAGAUCGCCCCACGCUUCGUCUUCGGGGUCCAGCUCGGAUGGACAGGGUCAAGCACCUCCCGCUUACGACGAACACGAACGGACCGAAGCGGAAAAGAUGAGCAAGGCGCAGAGGCAGGAAGCCGGGUUGCCCAGGUUGACGGCGUAUGCGACGGCGGAGAGUUAUCGGAUCAAGCUGUUGCAGGCGUUUUUGAAACGGGAGCAUGGGGUCGGGGUGGUCAGGGUGUUUGAUGAUGCGGUGUAUGCGGUAUAUACACUACCUCUCUUACCGGGAUACGGAGCGGGAACCAAAGUCAGAUCCAGCCCAGCGGUCAAAUCUCCAGGCGGCGUAUCCCUCCUCGAACGGAUGACCGAAGCGGAAGAGGUCGGUUACCACGACGGCUUCUUCCCCCAACAAGCUCCUGAAGAUGGGAGCGCACCGGAUCAUACGCAUUCGAACGAGUACCUCUUGUCUACCAGCCCGAACGCUCAGACCGGUGACGAUACGGCUAGGUCUCCGGAGAAUGCGACGUUUGACGGGUUGAACCCGCUGCCAACGGUACACGAGGAGAAGGAACCGAGGACGGGCGAGUCUUCACCUGUCGAGCCGGACACGCCGAAUAUCAAUCUCGACGAAAACAACAAUCCGAUCGAAGGUCUUCCCAUUCUCAACCAGGACUCGAACGAUACCGACCCCUCUCCGCAGGAGCAUCUACGGAUAUCCAGGGAAGCUGCACUCCGAGCGAAGAACGAGGACGAUGAUCGCAAGAUCCGCAAGUACAGGGAUCAGUACCGACGUCAGCGUAGACGGAAAUCGUCCUCCUCGAUCAAGGUCGGCGAGGUCGUCUUUUUCGAGUACGGUGUCACCGUCUUUUUCGGUCUGACGGAACGUGAGGAGAGGGACAUCUUGGAGGACUGUGAGAGUGCGGGGGUUUGGUCGAGGCCGCUCAAGGAGGACGAUUGGGAGGUCGAAGAGUGCCAUCAUAUAUACGAUCCGGAUGCGGAUUACCCGAGGAUCUAUAACGACAUGUUCACUUUCAAAUCGCAUUCACAUUUGCUCAAGCUCUCGGUCUCCCACGCGAUCGCUCAAUCAACGAAAUUGAGCGUGUACGAGAGCGUCAUGCAAGAGUCGUUGGCAUCGACGGCAUCGUUCCCGAAAGAACUUGCCGAAACCGGAGAACUGUCUUUGGCAAGGAAAGAAGCGUUGAAGAUGACGGGACGGUUGUUCACCUUGAGGAUGGACGUCAACUUGAGUAGCGGGAUCUUAGAUACGCCGGACCUCUUCUGGUCAGAAGCAUCCCUUUUGCCCUUGUACGAAGCCAUCCGGGAUUACCUGGAGAUCGGACCUCGGGUACAGGUCCUGAACGACCGACUUGCCGUGUCGGGUGACCUCUUGGUCAUCAUCCACGAGUAUAUCGACCAGGGACAGAUGAACAGGAUCACCUGGAUCGUCAUCAUCCUCAUUAUCAUCGCUGUGGUGGUCGCUUUCGGAGAGGUUACGGCGAGGAUCAUGUUUUAUCGGACAGAACGGGAAAAGGGACAAUCACUCCUGCUUUACGGUGUCAAGGCCGGACUCGGCCCCUUGCUCGCCAAGAAGAGUGUCCCGAUGGCCGAAUACAUUGCCAUGUAGAGCUUGUGUCUGGUGACUGCCGCAUAUAUAUAAUCUGAGAGAAAACAAGCACUCUCGUCUCUACGUGUAUCUCCCGGUCCUUUGUCUUGUAUCGAACGCCAUAUUGAAUUAGCCCCUUUGAGCACGUCAUGUACUGCGAUCAGACUGA